AUGAUUGGGGGGUGUUGGAUCGUCGAUCGCGGACCUGUUUAGAUUCACCGGACAAAUUGGGGGGUUCAUUGUACGACUGCAUCGCCAUAAAUUCUGAAAAAAAAAAUGGCUCCGGCGAAGAAGGGAAAAGCGAAGACCAACUCGGGCGAGUCAAUUCAGAUCACUUCGAAAACUUUCCCUUCCUGUAUUCGCUUCAUAGCUCCGUCAUCCGUCGCCGUCACCAUCCACGCCAAGCCCGGAGCCAGGUUAUCUUCAAUUACGGAUUUCAGUGACGAGGCUGUUGGGGUACAGAUCGACGCUCCUCCCAAGGAUGGGGAGGCUAAUGCAGCACUGAUUGAAUACGUUAGCUCGGUUUUAGGGGUGAAGAGAAAGCAGUUAUCUAUACGUUCUGGUUCUAAAUCAAGAGACAAAGUCAUAAUCGUGGAGGAGGUGACUAUAGAGUCAGUUUUUGAAGCCCUGGAUAAAGCAUGCAAGUGCAACUGAAGAAGAAGAAAUGAGAGAAUCAGUUUCUGUAUACGUUGAUCAAGAUUGCCGUUGGAGAUGGUUGGAACCGUGAGGUAAGACUCUUGAAUUAGGUUAGAUUCGGAUCUCAAUUACUUCGCCGGAGAUGGUUAUAUAUGGAAGAUUGACAUGUUUGGCCGGUUGGGACCUGAGAUGUUCAUUUUACUUCAUUUGGCCGCCAUAGACUGAGUGAGAUUCAGGAGACACCGAGAGAUACAAGAUUCAAGAGAACGGAUUUUGUGUUCACAACCAAGCUUGUUGCUGACAUGUCAUAUUGUUGGUUGGUCGUUCGAUUAAAUGAAUGG